AUGAUUACCUCUGUGCCUCUCAAUGCGGGCCGCCGACGCGUAUUCGGCUCCGUCUUUUCCCCCGCGUCACUGCAAGCUCGGCCACCCUUCGAAUCUAGCUCUAAUCCCGAUCAAACGCAACUCGCUUCAUUCCAAUCCACGGCUUCGUCCUCAACAGUGAGAACGGCCUCUCUGGCCUCGCCUCAGCACGAACACCACCCCGAUGCGUCGCGGGAUAGAGAGAUAUGGAACCGGGCCUGGUCUGCAGCAACCGCCUUUUUGGCCGUCCCGAACCAGGGAUUCGCCCCGAUUUUCGAUGCACGACAGACUGAUGGAAGUGAGGCGCUGAAGGGUUGGAAUCGUCUGAGCCCUCCGUCUAAGGAGACUGCGGAGGCACUGUCAUAUCUGGCGGCGACGAUCCAGCAGGGCAACACCGGAUAUGGAGUGACUGGUUCGAAGAAUCUGAUCGACUGGUACGGUGACGAGAUACGGCGGCACUUCCUGGUCAAUCUUCGGAGUGGUCUACAUGAGCUCUUGAAAACCCCGGGGAAAGAAGGUCUCUUGCGGACAAUUGUGGACUGCUUGCAGCUUGCUCGUCGCAUCUACCUCGCUCCCGUCGUCCACUACCUAUUGCCUCUACUUCAAGCGCCGGAACAAGGACUAGUCCUGACACAGUUGCAACGUGGAUUCCAUACGGUGGUCUCUUAUUCAUUGCCCUGGUCAAAAAUAUCACCGCUUUUGGGCGGGGAGCUGGCACAGGAUGCACUGAUCAUCUUGGGUAUCGACACCUUACUUGAAGCUCCGGCUGGAUCCCAAGUCGAAGAUGGAUGUGGCGAGGAUGAGAUGGAAGUCGAUCGACAGUACUCAGUCUCGUAUGAAGACUGGAAGAAUGAGGACUCGGAGACGCGUGCUCAUCUGAUGACCGAGGGUGAGCAUGACCAAGUUACCAUGGCUCGGGAUCGGCUUCUCGCUUUUCUCAACGGGCUGCAGCAUGUCGGGCUUGGCGGGGACAAAGCUCAAAAAGUUUUCGCCAGCGUGAUGAAUAUCAUGAUGACUGAGUUUGUCCGCGCCGCCUACACGGGUCAAUGGGAGGCGCCUUCAUCAGUGCCACAACAUUUACGCCAUUGGAUUGAAAAUGUCUUUGCUCGACUGGCUGUACAGGUUCUGACGAUCAUACACGCACCUCACUCUGGAGGUCAACCUUCCAGCCCUCUGGAUGUCAGCUUUGGCGACGUGGAAAAGUGGCAGGAGAUGGGCAUCGCUCGCUUAGGCGCUCUUCGCACCAGCGAGCUCUUCGAUGUUAUCGUUGACUGGCCCGAGAGCAGCGGUGCUGUAGAAGACCUGCGACAUUUCACCACCCAUCCUGCCGCUCGAGCUCAUGUCACACAGUCGUUUAUUACAAUUUUAAACCAGCGACUGUUACACCCCGGAGCCUCGACCGUGGAGAUUCUCCAGCUGUACAUCUCUAUUAUUCGAGCUUUCCACCUGCUAGACCCAAAAGGUGUUCUCUUGGAUCGUAUCGCUCGGCCGAUUCGGCGGUAUCUACGAGACAGAGAUGACACUAUCAAGGUCAUUGUUAGCGGGCUCCUGGCCGAGCCAGCGGCGACUAGCGCGAGGACCCCGUCACACGCCAAUGAGACCCUUGUUGAGCUGUCGACCGAGUUAUCCAAGGCCCAUCAGCUCUCCAUGGAAACAAAUACCAGUGAAUUAGACUGGGAUGAUAUGAACUGGAUGCCUGACCCCGUCGACGCAGCACCAGACUAUCGCAAAUCAAAGAGCUCCGACGUCAUCGAUAGCCUAGUCAGCUUAUUCGACUCCAAGGAGACAUUCGUCAAGGAACUCCAAACCCUCCUCAGCGACCGCCUUAUUCAAAAGCGCGAGAAUUACGAUCAAGAAAUAUCAGUCCUCGAGUUGCUUAAGGUGCGCUUUGGGGACUCUGCGCUGCAAGCCUGCGAGGUUAUGCUCCGCGAUAUCUCAGAUUCUGGUCGCGUCGACGAGGUUAUUCGCAAAGACCAAGGCCUAAUCAGACCACCUACUCGCUUGUUUAACAAGCGACCGCCAGAACGACCCGUCCCAGACAUUCAUGCAAAGAUUCUUUCGCGUUUCUUCUGGCCCGAAAUCCAGGACCAAGAGUUCAAAAUCCCUGACGAAAUCGCAUCUCUACAGCGUCGCUAUGCCAACGGCUUCGAAGCACUCAAAGCCUCUCGCAAACUCACCUGGCGAAACGGGCUAGGCCAGGUCCUGGUUGAACUACAACUACGCGACCGCACAUUCUCCGAAGAAGUUACUACCUGGCAAGCAACCGUCAUCCACGCCUUCCACUCCGACCACGACGAAGGCGCCACCCGAACCAUCCCCUAUCUAGCCGAACAGCUAGAAAUGACACCCACCCUCGUCCGCUCCGCCUGCCUAUUCUGGGUAAGCAAGCGUAUCCUCACCGAAUCCUCACGCGACGAGUUCAGCGUCCUAGAAUACCUCCCCUCCGACGACGAAGACGAAUUCGGCGUCCACGGUGCCGACGGCGGCGAUGCAGACAUGCAAUCCGCAGAUGCAUCCAAUGCAGCCGCCGCCGCCGAAGCUGCGGCUGCGGCUGCAGCUAAAGAAUCCGCAGAAGCGGCGGCUAUGGAGAAGAUGAACCUUUAUUGGCAGUUCAUCGUCGGCAUGCUGACGAAUCAGGGCGCGAUGCCCCUGCAGCGGAUUGUUAUGAUGUUGAAGAUUGUGGUGCCCGGUGGGUUCCCGUUUAGCAAUGAGGAGCUGAGGGAGUUUUUGGCCGGCAUGGUUUCUGGGGGGAAAUUGGAGAUCGUCAGUGGUGGGAAUUAUAAGCUUGUGCAUUGA